GCGUCGUAGUAUCUUCUCUCGAUUUGGUCUAUACAGAAUUUCACCAAAAUGAUCAAACUUCGUACAUCGAAAUGCGGACAGUAUGGAUCCCAGCUGUGAGCCUCUACUGUGCUUUCUCCGCUAGAACAAGCUGCACGAGAAUCGGUUUACUUAGAAGUUUGAUCUCAUGAUCAAUGACCUUCCACUACAUCUUUCCCAUCAGGUUCUGAUUGCAAAGAUCACAGAAUCAAAAUGAGCAAGUGCGGUCAAAGGAGCAAGGGUUAGGGUCUCUAAUUAUGAAAAAUCUUCGUUGGCUGAUGUGUGUGUAAAUCGGUUCGAAAUGACGUUGGUCGGGAUACGAACCCCCCAUCAAAUACUAUGAGGGCAAAGCCAUCACAUUCGGAACGAAUUGAGCGGAGUCAGAUCGGUCUAGGCGUUCAGAGUGGCCGGGCCUAGAGGGCCUAGACAAAGCGGACUCAGCUCGGUCUGUCUCUGACAAAAGGUGGAGGCAGAAAAUUCAUUUAUACCCAACAAAAAAAAUAACCAGAUUCGUUUUCGUGCACCUACUUCGGCUUCUGCAACCGCCGGGGUCGGUAUCAUCGAUAACGAUAUUAAGGCUAUCAACACCCUAUAAUUAACCGCAGCUGAGUCAUAUACUCCGACCUUACGAUUUAUCCGUAGCUCUGGUGUACAAUUUUUUCGAGGCCAAAAUUUACUUUCCCCUUUAUUCGAAAAAACUAAGACAAAACAAAACAAGAAUUGCAGGUGGAGGUGGAGCUACAGAAUUGGAUUUUUCAUCGAAGGCCUACUACAAAAACAGUUGUAUGACUCUAUUUCCAAUUCAUCCAGUGCUGCUAGACAGCCAACAAUUCAAAUUCUAGACCCACUGUACGACGACCUCCACGAGCGCAGAUUUUGAAUCUUCGACGACGACCCUCUAUCUACAAGAAGAACUCAUACAUCUAUAUUUUCCAUCUUCCCCCACCUCUCGCCCCGACUCCAAAAUGGUCAUUCGUGGGAGGUCACUUCCCGUUAUUUCUCGUCGCGUCUGCAAGAUCUUCAUCAGCUUUUUCACCACGACGGCAUCAAAGGUCUUUCUUGGCUCGCCCAUGAUGUUCUUUUUGCCGCAGCUCUGUCUAGAAGCCUUGAUGUCCGCAGAUGCAGUGCGAAUGAAUUGGCAGCAAGGAAGUCGUGGACGUCAAGGGACUUUCCAUGUAGAAGAGGUACCGGAAGAACAGCUUUACCUUUAUGAUCGGGAGCGGCGUCGGAGUCGGAGUCGGAGUCGACAAAGAGCUACGCGCAUCUCCAGUGAUGGAAAUCCCAAUGCGAUGGACGUAGAAGUAGACCAUGCCGACCAGAUGAUGAUGAACACCGACAACUACAGCGAAAUUCCAGACACCGAUCUGCCCGGCUGGGAUGGGGAAGUCCCGGUAAUGACGUCUCCAACAGGUGGCGACGGGUCUGACUUGGAGGAUCAGCAUGCCUUCCGGGCAAUGGCUGCAGACGGCUUGGUUGCAGUUUACAAAUUUCACUUUCCUCUGAACGACCCCUACAACUAUCUUUUUUUUCCGAGCAACGCACAACAGCUCAAGGCGAAGCUUGGCGAGAUUCCAUCCCAGGACAAGGGGGUUCUCCGCGAUCUGCGGGACUGCCUCGUCACUCAUCACAACUACCGGCUCAAGCUCGGAACGGCGACAAAGAGUGUUACGCUGAAGAACAUGAGUGCGGUGCUUGCUCGGUUACAGUGGUGGUUUGAAGGUUGAGAUCCUGCGCCGCCCAGCGUAGAGCCGUAAAUUGGGCGGGAAUGCAAUGCAGGAGGACCAACAAAUCGAAUGCCAUUUUUGUUUGUAAUGCUGGGUGGAAUCUGUAUCGUGUGGGUGGGUAAAAAGCCUUUGCACACUUGAAGACGAAAGGAACGAAAAGAGGGCUGUAACUUGCGCGUGUACUUGUUCUUGCGCAAGAACAAAUUUCAAAAGCUACCGAAUUCAGCUUCAGGAAGCUGGAGCCGCGGUGGAAUUACGCGGAAAAUUAACGACAAAAUACCGAUUUUGCUUUGCUUAUGUGCUGACUGGGCAGUUGCCAGCAGUUUCUAAGCAGUUUUUGAAACAGGUACAUACUAGCCUAGAGCAAUUUUUGGAGCAAGAAGUG